GUCACCGCGUCACCGACUUCGAGCUCGGCAUGGUCAGCAAAGGCGCUGUCCACCCUCCCUCGCCCAGUACAAUCCGGGGUAAAUCGGCCUCUAUCGCUCUAGAUCCCAAAGGCGAGCGGAUAGCGUACUGCAACGGCCGCGGUAUCUUCAUUCGCUCACUCGACGAUUCGUCCCCGACGCUCGCGUACUUUGGUCAUGUCAAGGAGACGAGCGCAGUAGCGUGGUCGCCAUCAGGCUUCUAUAUCGCUUCGGGCGAUGUAACGGGCACUGUGCGCGUUUGGGAUGCGGUAGGAGAGGAUCAAGUGCUAAAGCUCGAGCUCAAACCUUUCGCUGGUCGAAUCAAUGCUAUCGCCUGGGAUGGGGAGUCAAAGAGGAUCAUAGCCGUCGGCGAGGGCAAGGAGAGAUCUGGUCACGCUUUCUCCGUGGACACGGGCAGCUCAGUCGGCGAGAUCAUCGGCCAUUCCAAGCCUAUCAACGGUAUUGCCAUCAAAAGCGAAAGACCUUUCAGGGCAGUGACGGUGUCUGACGAUUCGACUGCCGUACUCUUGAGCAAUGUCCCGUACAAGUACACCCUCUCGCUCCAGAAGCAUACUGGCUUUGUCAAUUGCGUUGCAUAUUCCAGCGAAGAAGGCGGCAAGUACUUUGCCACGGCUUCAUCUGACCGAACGGUUCUGCUAUUCGAUGGCAAAUCAGGCGAGCUCAUCGGUCCCUUCGAUGGUCCGGAUCGACAUACUGGCGGUAUCUUUGGCAUCGCUUUCAGCCCUUCUGGACAGGAGCUCGCUACAUGCAGUGCAGAUGGCACAGUCAAGUUCUAUAGCGUGCCUGAGCGACGCGUUAUAGACACUCGCGAGAUCAAGACAAAGCUCGGCAGUGCUGUUGGGAACCAGCAAGUAGCGCUUGCGUGGGUCAGGCCGGAUCAGAUCGUUUCGCUAUCACUGUCAGGCGAAAUCAAUCUCAUCUCGCGCAGCCCAAAUGCAACAGAGGUCAACGCGCUGUACGGACACCAGAGGGGCAUCACUGCACUUGCAUGCGAUGCAAAGGGUCGGCUCUUCUCCGGCUCGUACGAUGGCCAGAUGUACACGUUCGACCCUGCGGGCAUCUGCGCGCCACUGGGUGGGUCGCAUCACACAAAUCAAAUCGUAGGGAUCGUCAGCGAUAGCAAAGGCACGACCCGUUCCAUAGGAAUGGACGAUACUCUGCGGGAGCUCGACAACACAGGCACAGGCUUCAGCUCGAACACCUCUGCGACCAGCGGACAACCCAAAGGCAUCGCAGCUGGCAAAGACGGUUCGAUUUUUGUGCUCACGGCCUCGACCGUCACACAUAUCACAUCAAAUAGCAAGGCAGAUCUCUCACUGGACUACACUGCCACUGCUCUCGCAGCGCAUCCGGAGAGCGGGCUGCUAGCUGUGGGCGCAGAUGAUGGCAAAGUCUACAUCUACGACGCUGGCGGACACAUUCAACCGCAGCUCAAACAUACCCUCAUCAACAAUAGAUCAGCCAUCUCUGCGCUAGCUUUUGACCCUGCAGGAUCACUGAUAGCAGCAGGCGAUGCAAGUGGCAAGAUUCUCGUGUACAAAGCGCCCGACUUUGCUCUUGCAAUCUCGCAAUGGGUCUUCCACACUGCUCGAGUGCAGAGCAUCGCAUUCAGUGCAAAUGGCAAGCAUGCGGUCAGCGGAUCAUUGGACACCAAUGUCAUCGUCUGGUCUGUCGAGAAACCUAUGCGUAACACCCAGAUCAAGAGUGCCCACCCCGGCGGUGUCAACGGUGUGGUCUGGCGAGAUACAACGACAAUCGUCUCUGCAGGUAGCGACGCUGCUUUACGAACCUUUACGUUGACGUUGUGACAAUAGUGUGCAAUAAACAACAUGGUCAUCAGUUUCGCGUCGGGCCAUCAUAGGAUCCCACAUUUGCGUCUGCGCUUGCCUGCCCAAGAGCGCGUCUUGAUAGCUUCUCUGAGCGCGAGAUCGAAGACUUCCCUAACGCCUUGACCUGUGCGUGCUGAACAUUCUGCAUAGCGUGCUCCGAGUCGCUUGGCAACUGCAAUGCCUUGCUCUGUCGUGAUGGGUGCCGUGCCUUGCGCUUUCAGCAUCGCGAUCGUCUGUGAAUCUUUACGCAGAUCGAUCUUGUUCGCCACGAUGAUGAGCGGCACAUCUGGACAGAAGUGCGAAACUUCCGGCGACCAC